AUGGGUAUGCUGGCGCCACAGGACAGCUUCUUCAACGUGGUUCCUGGCACGGCGCCGACAUUUGCCAUCUGGUUGAAAGCCGGCGUGAAGUUGGACGCGGCGACGUCACCUCUCCUCGUUAACGUUCAGUGCGUUGAUGACAGAUCGCCGGCGAAUAUCAUAACCGAAACGUUCACGGUUCCCUUACUUGAUAAGCCUCCGACGUUCGUUACGGGAAUUCCCGGCACAUCUCCGUCUAUUUCCGACUCGACCGUCACCGCGACGUCACUCGGUGUCUUCACCGUUACCGAUCCCGACACGACAUGCAGUAUUACGUCAUCGCUGACGUCAGUGUAUGAGAUCAGACCCGUGACGUCACCGGCAGAUCUUCAAAAGCCGGGUAUGGCGUCUUUUAAUAACGGAUUAAGUCUUCUCAAUAAUAAGUCAUUUUGUGGAGCACGCUUGAUAAAAGCUCGAUACAGAAAGUUCCAAGUGUGGGUCAGUGCCGCCGUUACACAAGCGUCUAUAGACUUCAAUGGCCAGGCGGUUCCGUUGCCGUUGACGAUCACGUGUACGGAUGGAAACACCGCCAUCACGGGAACGUUCAACGUCAAUAUUGUCGACGAGCCGCCGACUUUUGUCUCCGGCAUGCCCGGAAGUUCUGCGAGCAUCUCUGACGCCACUGUCACACAGACGUUGCUCGGGAAAUUCACAACUACAGACCCUGAUACAACUUGCUCUGUGACGUCAUCCGUAGCCUCUGCAUAUGAGGUCAGGAAAGUGACGUCACCGGCGAAUCCUCAACAACCUGAGUAUGAAGUUUGGAUCAAAAUCACCGUAACUCAAGCAUCUAUCGACUUCAACGACCAGACCGUUCCGUUGCCGUUAACGAUAAAAUGUACUGACGGAUACGUCGCGAAUGAUAUCACGGGAACGUUUAACGUCAAUAUUGUCGACGAGCCCCCAGUGAUAACCUUACUACCCUCUACCGGAACUUCCAUCAACGAUGGUUUGCAGGCGGCCGCGGCGACCGUCCAUACGUUCAACGUCACCGACAGCGACGACGUUGUCACGUGCUCCACACGAGCGCCGCAAUCCACCUUUUUUGAAUUGGUAGCCGCAACUAGCCCUGCGUUCAGUAUCCGCGUGAAAGCAGGAGUGACGUUGGCUGCAGCUGUCAGUCCGUACGUCAUGAACGUUGAUUGCACAGAUGCCGUAACCGCCGUCAGUUCAACGUUUACCCAGCCAGUCCUUGAUAAGAGCAGGUAA